AUGUUGCACGCCGUCUUCGCCCUGGCCACUCUGACCAUUGAUCCCGCCUCACCCGGAAAGAACGCUCGUCGAGCUGAGGCUUUCUUCCGUCAUACUCAGGCGGUAGACCUGUUGAAUGUGCCCGAUGAUGAGGUUGGGAUUGAACUGAUUCAACUGGGACUUCUCAUGGGCUUCUACCUGCAAAGCACCGAGAAGUUCUCCAGAUGCUGGAACAUCACUUAUCUCACGAUACGAAUUGCUAAGAACAUUGGAUUGGAGCUCAGUGGAAGUAGCCAUGUCAUUUGGGUGUCCCUCAAUGAUCACUACGAGUGA